CCGUGUUUACACCCCUCUCCAUCUCCUCACUCUGGACUGAAGUUGCGGGGCAGCCGGGAGCGCGCAGUACCUUUUCUAUCUUCUCUCUUUUCUCUCAAGCGAUCUUCUCUUUAAGGCAACCUGUAUGGUGGAUAUAAUAUUCAGCUCUUCUUUUUUGAAUGAUAUGGGGGAUCAUUCCAAAAAGAAGUCCGGACUUGCGAUGUGUGUAGGCUGCGGCAGUCAAAUCCAUGACCAGUACAUCCUGCGGGUCUCCCCCGACCUGGAGUGGCACGCAGCCUGUUUGAAAUGCGUGGAGUGCAACCAAUACCUGGACGAGACAUGCACUUGCUUCGUACGGGACGGGAAAACAUAUUGCAAGAGAGAUUAUGUAAGAUUGUUCGGUAUAAAAUGCACAAAAUGCACUUUGGGCUUUAGCAGCAGUGAUUUGGUCAUGAGAGCUCGGGACAAUGUGUAUCACAUCGAAUGUUUCCGCUGCUCGGUGUGUAGCCGGCAGCUAUUGCCCGGGGACGAGUUCUCUGUACGGGACGAUGAACUGCUGUGUCGGGCAGAUCAUGGUUUGGCUCUGGAGCGCGGAUCUGGCGGCAGCCCUCUUAGUCCGGGAAACAUCCGCAGCAGAGGAUUACAUAUGGCAGCCGACCCGGUGUCGGUCCGACAAACUCCUCAUCGGAACCACGUGCACAAGCAAUCGGAGAAGACCACUCGGGUGAGGACGGUGUUGAACGAGAAGCAGCUACACACUUUACGGACGUGCUACAACGCAAACCCGCGCCCAGAUGCGCUCAUGAAGGAGCAGCUGGUGGAGAUGACAGGCCUGAGCCCGCGGGUCAUUCGAGUCUGGUUCCAAAACAAGCGCUGCAAGGAUAAGAAGAGAUCUAUACUCAUGAAACAGUUACAACAGCACCAUGGCGAUAAGACGACUUUUUUGGUUCAGAAUCUGCAGGGUAUGACGGGCACAGCACUAGUUGCAGGUAGCCCAAUAAGACAUAACUCAAUGCCAGGACACCCGGUGGAAGUGCAGACUUACCAACCACCCUGGAAAGCUCUCAGCGAAUUUGCACUUCAGAGUGACUUGGAUCAACCUGCAUUUCAACAGCUGGUGUCUUUCUCGGAAUCCGGUUCUAUAGGAAAUUCAUCGGGAAGCGACGUGACCUCUCUUUCUUCACAAUUACCGGACACACCGAACAGCAUGGUACCGAGCCCGGUGGAGACGUGAGAGCGACUCGUCUGUUCCCCGGCAAAUCAUGAGAACAGCUCAUAUCACGGACACGGGAAGGACAGCGCUAUCAGACCCAUCGCAACAACCUGCUAUAAGAACAGAGGAACCCUUUUCCCAAAAAUACGUCAACAAAUCCGUUGGCCUCGGAGUGAAAUGAUGGAAAGUGAAACUCUGCAUAGUAGACCUACACUAAAAGAAUGGACCAUGUUCAAUCGGAAUGGAUAUUCGUUAUUCGUUUUGAUGACCGUUUCGUUAUCUGUGGUUUUUGGACUUUUUUUUUUUUUUUUUUUGAAAAAUAUCUUUUCAAAAGACUCAGUUUCAGAAGUUAGGAUUUUUUUUUCGUUGUGAAUUAAUGCAGACUCUUUGUGUAUUUGAACAAAAAUUAAGUUAUUGUUAUUUAUUGUCACAUCAAUUCGCAAAAAAAUAAAUAAAUCAGCACAGACCAUUA